AUGUCUUCUCGUGCUACUUACCCAAGAAUAAUACCAACUUUUCCACCAUCCGUUGUGCUAGCUGUAUUAUUUGGAGCAUCAGCUUUACUUCAUCUGCUACGAAUAACAAAAUUUCGACGAACCGUGUACAUGUACCUAUGUACUUUUGGCUUCCUCCGCGCAUGUCUGUUCGUAGUGCGGGCCGUGUGGUCGCAAUUCGCUUCUUCAAAAGCAAUGGGAAUCAUUUGUGGAACUUUGCUGGCCGGUGGAUUCUUCAUUAUCGUGGAGGCUCUAUAUAUCCUGUUGGCCGAUUGGAUCAAAAUUCUAUUGGAUGAAAAAGUGCCUCUUAUUUACGAAAAAUAUGCGUUGAAGUUCGUCAAACUAUUAAUUCCCCUAUGUUCCAUAGUCGGCGUCGUAGGCGAGGUAUUAAUCUUGGAUUCCUCUUCGGAAGAUCACAUCUAUUGGGGAGAAAUUUCUAGGCAGUUCUCGGUCAUCGGAUUUUUAAUAGUUAUCGUGAUGUAUUUCUUUUUUGUCACUUAUUUCACGAAAACUUAUGGAAAUGGCGUGGCUAUACAAAGACACUUGCAGGCAUUAGUAUUAUAUAUUUCGGCUGCCUUGCUGUCAAUUGAACUGGUUUAUCGAACAAUUGUUUAUUUCUCCAAAAAUUCCGAUCCUAUAAAUACCAACGAAUGGGUAUUUUAUGUUUUCGAGGCGGUACCGGAAUUGACCCUGCUGAUCGUCUUAGGAGGGAUCAUUUUAGGCGAAUGGUUUUAUAACACUAGAAUUGAGGUCGAAUCAACAGCGGUCGUCAUCAAUAAAGUCAAUGACACGGAAAAUUCGUCGGCCAUCAUGAAAAAGAAUUAUCGGAAAUUGAAUGGAGAAUCCAAGUUAAUGGUUAAAAGUAAUAUGCGAGUGGAUGGGAAAUUCGCUCCUAAGAAAUAG